AUGGCCUGUGUCCCUCUUACAAGCAAUAAACGCAGGCUUCAAUUUGACGCAGCUGUCAAUAUAGACAGCUUAAUGGCCGUUCCUUACGUGAAUGGGGUCUUUUUCACGAAAUUACGCCUCUUGAGUCGCAGAAGUUCCCAUCAGUACAGCCAAAGGGUUUCUGUGGUGGAUAACUCCGUGCACUUCAAUAGUUCCCAUACAUUUCAGUGCAAGGUGCACAUCAAUCCCGAAACAAAUGUUUUAGAGAGCUGUAGAUUGAAAAUAUCUGUUCGCAUGGAAAGCAACGGCGGCAAGUCUUUUCACAAGAUCGGCUAUGUGAUUGUGGAUUUGGCUUGUUUUGUGCUUACCGGGUUUGUCCGGUGCCGUAGACGCUACCUCCUCAAAGGCUACGAUGGAGACAAGCGGAGGGCUGGAAAGAGGCAGGAUAACUCUCUCCUCGUUGUCUCCUUUAUCUGUCAACAGCACUUUGGCGACGCCUGCUUCAGACCACCAGUGGAGGACCUUAGCAACUGCGUUUCUACCUCUCAUUCUUUGGAAGCGCUUGAUCCUGCCUCUGCGAGAGGGGGGAACAUCGACGUCCUCCAGACCUCUACUGCCGCUACCACCGCCCCUUCCGCUGUUCUUCCAUCCCUCUUGACUGUGGGUUGGACCGAAGAACGUAUCCAAAUGCGGUCAAGGAGAUGGCUAAAGGAACCAGAGGAGAGGGGGGAGGGGGCGAGGGUGGAGGGGUCGCAAUUAUUGGCAAGUCGUCCAGAGGUGGAUAUGGGGAAAUUUGGUGAAGGCAAUGUCCUAAUCAAUGAUUCCGAUGCUCUAUCGACCAACUUUCCCGCCUCCUCCUCGCCAACAGACGAGCAGAUGUCCUCGGGCGGGGAGUACAUCAGCCCCACCUCUGUGUCCAUCGAUCAGGAGGAAGUAGACGAGACAGAGUGUUUCUCCUCUCCCCUUCCCCAUCAGCCAUCCUCUCUCUUCCCAUUUGUUACCAACCCAUUUGAACUGAUUCAACGAAUCAAGGAGGAAGGAGAAGAAGAAGGAUUAACCUCUUCCUUCUCCUCCUCAUCAUCAUCAUCCCCUCCCUCUUCGCAUGAAAACACAAGUAUUAGCCCUUCCACCACAUCGUCUAAUAUCCAUACGACUGACGUCACCGCCUCCGCCUCCCUUGCUACCGAUUCCCGCAUUCCCGACUUUUCCUCCCUCCCCAUUCACCCGCGAGUUCCGGGCUCCACGGGUCGGAGCAAUAGUGGGGGUGGUGGUGAUGGUGGGAGUAGUGGUGGCAGUAAUGCUGCGGUCGAAGGCCCAUUUCACACAUGCCCGCACGUGCGUCCCUCCUCACUGCUAUCUCAACAUCAGCGGAAGAUGCUGGGUGCUGACUCGGGCUUCCAUUUCCACAUUCUUUCCUCCACUUCCGCCUCUACAUCCGUCUCAUCCUCCACUGGUGUCGGUGACUGUGCGGCGAUUGUUGUGGGAACAGCGGCAGAGGGGUCAGCGAACAAGCGAUGUAGCCUCUCCUCUGGGUUUCAGUCCCAUUCACGCAACUCUAGUUUUGAUUCCGCUGGUUUAUCAAGAUGCUUCCCUGGUGAAUUGACAACAACUCCAACAGGCAGCUACGGAGACUGCCAAUUGUCAGUUGGUGGUGCCAGUGGCAGUAAGCAGCACCUCAUUGAUGCGACGCGUGCGCCUCACAACGAAGUGGUGAGUCAAGUUCUUCGCACCUCCGCCAUUACUCACCGCUCCGCCUCGCCUCCACUAUCCUCCGUCACAAGGCAGAAGAUGAUUCUAACUUCGGAGCUGUGUCGUCUUAAGGAGCCGCUUUUUUCCGCUUUGGGUGUAGGUGAACAUAAAACCCCAGAACUUGUAAUAAAUGGGCACUCAAGGGAUAUUUUUUGGGAUAGAAAUUUCCGCACCACCUUCAUUUCCGCUCGUGAGUCAAAUUUGAUGGGUCUAUCGGUUGUCGUUAAUCGUAAACCUAACACGGCUGAAUGCAAAGGAGACUCGGAAGUCCGAAUUAAAAAGUUGACGAUAUCAGCGAACCUCUUCACACCAACACCGCGUCUGCGUUGUCGUGUGGAGAAACAAUGGCAACAACUGCAUAAUUACUAUCACCGAUUGCCCACCUCGACUUCCACCUACUUCGGUGGCAGCGCGCAGAGGCGAGGCAAGAUGGAACGGGAAGGACUGGGAGGGGCGGUCGCUCGCGCCAGUGUGGCAAAGUGGUCUAAGGCGCCGGGCUCAGGUGAAGGUACUUCCUGGGAGUUCGGGUCCUCCAGUGAGGGCGUGGGUUCGGACCCCACCGCCACUGUCACCACUGUCGGUACCACUUUGGAGGUCGCGAGACAGACAGCCCGCACCACCGCCCUCGCUGCCAACGCCUACAAUGGGAGAAUCCACAGCCAGGAGAAGAGCAAGGUUUUUGAACUUUUUGUUUUAAUUUACUCUGGUGCGGCGGUUGGCUACCUUUCCUCCCUUAUGAUAUGCCGAUUAGCCUGGAAUGGCCGUGUGACAAGCGUCUCGUCUUGGGUUACGUUAAGCAAAGUGCCGUCCAUAAUCGUGCAAAUUUUAGAAGAGGAUCGUUGUUGGCGUGAGUACAAGAAUCGACAACGUGACAGAGCCAAACAGUACCGUCGGAUGUCGUCACAAUCGCCACCACUACUGCUGCUGUCUCGUAGUGACUCGGCAGAGCGUAAGUGGCGUCGUGAGCGUAAGCGUAAGUUGGAGGAGAAUUCCCAAAUUACCGCCUCCGCGGCUGCUCCCACCACUGCCAUCGACUUUUGGCGCCAAGUCGUUCGUUGCAGCGGCGACAACGAAGGUCGCUGGGGUCACGACGGGUUCAAGGAACUCGAGAAACCUGGCCCUCCUGCCUCUCUAUCAAUCGACAUGCGAUUUCAGUUGCAUGCUAAUCUUUCCUCCCAAAAGUUACCUUCCUCUGCUCCUAAUGUUCCCCCUUCACCUGACAAAACCUGGCUUUCUUACUCGUCCUCGACUUCCUCGUCUUUGGUCUCCGAAAGGCGGUACAGAAGACUAGAACCAGCUAACAGUGGAGUCCUAAGCACCGCCUUAGGUCUCGCACUCACACAGGUGUGCACUGCGCCAGAGGAGCGGCCUACACGAGUUCUGUGA